AUGAUCAAACAUGAAAGUGAAACAGAGUAUAUACUGCUCACUGAAAGCAAAUUAGACAUUAACUUUGCUUUAGAAAAUGUAAUAUUGCCAUGGACAGGUGGAACAUCUAUAUUUGUUGGAUCAACCCGUGAUUGUUUUGACCAAAAAAAAGUUUUAACGUUGUUUUAUGAAGCAUAUGAAGCAAUGGCAGUUAACGAGAUUUUAAAUAUAUGUAAUGAUAUAAGAAAUAGAUAUAGCAUUGGUAAAAUGUGUAUUUUACACAGGCUGGGAGAAGUUCCUAUAACAGAGGCUAGUGUUAUAAUAUCUAUAUCAUCGAAACAUCGUAAAAACGCAAUUGAAGCUGUGGAAUAUGCAAUUAAUGAAUUAAAAGCAAAAGUACCAAUAUGGAAAAAAGAAAUAUAUGCAAAUGGUGAGAGUGAUUGGAAAGAGAAUAAAGAAGUAUUUUGGAGAACUACCAAACCAUAACAAUUCGUUUUUAUCUAGGAUUAGUUUUACCUUGUUUAGAAAAAAAUAGAAGAGAUGUAUGUACAGUAUAAUAUAUACUUUAAUGGAAAUUUAUGUAUAAUCUGGAGAUAUAAAAUUUUGGAUUUCUAAAAAACGUUGAUGUGUAUUUAAAUUUAGCAGUAACAUUGUUCCUGCUUGUAAGUUAAGUUAAAAU